GCUGAUUAAAGAGGUCGGGUCUUGGCCUUGGCGGCCUUGCCUUACGCGGUGGCUUCUCCACUCCGCCUCGUGUCUGCUCUAAGCUUCGCGGAGUACCUGGUCACCUCAGGCACUUGAUAUCGCAGCUCUAUCAAACAAAUCAAAUCAUCACAACCAUCCAACAUGGCGACUACAGACUCUCCCAACCCUGAUACGGACCUUGUGCCUGCUGCAGCUGAAGGCGAAGAAAAUGUUGAUCCUGUUGCCCCAGCGCCAGAGCCCAAACUCCCUACUAGAAAGGAUGCAUCUUUAAAAGAGUUUCUGUCCAAAAUGGAUGAUUAUGCGCCCAUUGUAAGUGUUAAAUCACCAUUCAACUAUUCACCUUCUAACCUGCCUAGAUUCCAGACGCAGUAACAAAUUACUACAUGACCAAAGCCGGACUUCCACCACCACCCCAAACUGAUGAACGCUUAGCCCGGCUCCUUGCUCUUGCCACUCAAAAGUUCAUAGCAGACAUUGCAGCAGAUGCUUAUCAAUACUCCCGAAUACGUGCUUCUAACUCUUCUAACGCAAAUAACCCAAUGGGAAAUUUGGGCGCGGCCGCUGGUUUCCCGGUACCUGGUCAGCCAGCAACGGCGCCAGGUAGCAAAGAACAACAAGGGCGAGGUGGACCCUUGGGAAUUCAGCGACCUGGUUAUGGAGGUGGUGGACAGGGUGGUAGUCAAAACCGAACAGUCCUCACCAUGGAGGAUCUAGGGAUGGCAGUUGGAGAGUAUGGUGUAAAUGUUAAGAGGGGAGAAUUUUAUCGAUAACAAGGGACGGGCCAAGGGUCUGCUCAGGGCUGAUGAUACACACAUUUGGGAAUGGAGUUAUCUGCGGG